AUGAAGCUGCUGAGCGCCCUGGUGCCGCCGCUGCUGGGCCUGGCGCUGCUGGGCCUGGCCCGCGCGGAGGCGGACGACGAGGAGGAGGACGGGGUGCUGGUGCUGCGCGCGGCCUCCUUCGAGCGCGCGCUGGCGGCCCACAAGCACCUGCUGGUGGAGUUCUAUGCCCCGUGGUGCGGCCACUGCAAAGCGCUGGCCCCUGAGUACGCCAAGGCCGCAGCCACGCUGAAGGCUGAUGGCUCCGAGAUCCGGCUGGCCAAGGUGGAUGCUACAGAAGAGUCCGAGCUGGCCCAGCAGUUCGGGGUUCGAGGCUACCCUACUAUUAAAUUCUUCAAAAAUGGAGACAAAUCUUCCCCCCGAGAGUACACAGCUGGCAGAGAAGCUGAUGAUAUUGUAAACUGGCUGAAGAAACGCACUGGUCCAGCUGCCACUACCCUGGCAGAUGCUGCUGCAGCUGAGGCAUUGGUGGAUUCCAGUGAAGUCAGUGUGAUUGGGCUCUUCAAGGAUGUGGAGUCAGAGGCUGCCAAGCAAUUCUUGCUGGCAGCCGAGUCCAUUGAUGACAUUCCUUUUGGGAUCUCUUCCAGCAGUGAUGUCUUCUCCAAAUACCAGCUCAGCAAAGACGGUGUUGUCCUUUUUAAGAAGUUUGAUGAAGGUCGCAACAACUUUGAAGGUGAUCUUACAAAAGAGAAUUUGCUGAACUUCAUCAAGUCUAACCAGCUGCCUCUGGUCAUUGAGUUCACUGAACAGACUGCUCCUAAGAUCUUUGGAGGAGAGAUCAAGACUCACAUCCUGCUGUUCCUGCCAAAGAGUGUUGCUGACUAUCAAGGGAAACUAGACAACUUCAAGACAGCAGCUGGGAACUUCAAAGGAAAGAUCCUGUUCAUCUUCAUAGACAGUGACCAUAGCGACAACCAGAGGAUCCUGGAGUUCUUUGGCCUAAAGAAGGAGGAGUGCCCAGCUGUGCGCCUCAUCACUCUGGAGGAAGAAAUGACUAAAUACAAACCUGACUCAGAUGAACUGACAGCAGAGAAGAUCAAGGAGUUCUGCGACCAGUUCCUGGAGGGCAAAGUCAAGCCCCACCUAAUGAGCCAAGAUUUGCCUGAUGACUGGGACAAACAGCCUGUCAGAGUUCUGGUUGGAAAGAACUUCGAAGACAUUGCUUUUGAUGAGACCAAGAAUGUGUUUGUGGAGUUCUAUGCUCCCUGGUGUGGUCACUGCAAACAAUUGGCUCCUAUCUGGGACAAACUGGGAGAGACUUACAAGGACCAUGAGAACAUUGUCAUUGCCAAGAUGGACUCAACAGCUAACGAAGUGGAGGCAGUGAAAGUCCACAGUUUUCCCACACUCAAGUUCUUCCCCGCAGGCCCUGGCAAAAAUGUCAUAGACUACAAUGGGGAGAGGACGCUAGAAGGCUUCCAGAAGUUCCUGGAAAGUGGAGGCCAGGAUGGUGCUGGGGAUGAAGAGGAUCUGGAGGACCUGGAGGCUGAUGAGAUUGAUCUUGAGGAAGGUGAAGAGGACCAGAAGAUCCACAAAGAUGAACUGUAAAGAGGAGACUCGAAUCUGCAUAUCCCAAAGAGCAGACACUACACUGGCUGCCCUGUCACAGGGCCUACCGAGUCCAGAAACCCAUUCGGAUUUAAACUAGGAGUGUUGGCUGGAAAUGCAGGGAUUGGUUUAAAGUAACACUUCAUCCUAACUUGUCUGUACACUUGACUGUCUCCUCUUACUUUUCAGUUCUGAAAAGGGA